UCCAUAUGCAUGGGGUAAGUUCUCCCUGACUUCGAUGGCAUGGUCUGGCUGGUACUGAUGCGAGCAUUAGCAUUCCUUCAGCUGUCGUACAGAGCGUGGGCAACAGCAGCUUCAAUUACACGAACCCAGUUACGUCGCGAUGUCGUAAGCGCUGGCAGUCUAGGGCAACAAAUGGUGAUACGAUGGGUGACAUUCCACACACUAGUCUCUUUUUUCGAGUCAUCUCCAUUGCUGUCCUUCCUCGUAGAUUUGUUUGCUUGUUUGCUGUCGUAGAUCACACGCUGGGUGGGACUCAAAUUCGAUUUGAUUGCAAAGCGACGCAGA